GACACGAGCUCCGGCCGUGGAAAGUGCUGGUUGGUGUUUGAAUGCACCAAAAUCUGCCAAAACUUCCUUGCUUUCAAAGUUUUGCACAGAUUGAGGUAUUUUUGCUGUCAUCUGAAGCUGUUUACGGCUGGUUUUCAAGACAUGGGGAAAAGAACGUUUCUUUGGAGCCUGUUAGGCCUUCUUCUUAUUUCAAGUAAGCGUAACCAGAGCAGUCUUUUUGCUUUUUUAGCUGUCUCGCGCGGAGAGACGAUUAUGAACUACUUGCACAAAGCUGUCGUGACAGAAUGUAAACUCGCUUAACACACUUUUAUGUGUGGCUGAAAUGGAUUUUUUCCGUUUUGUGUGAAUUUUUUCUGAUACAAUUUAAGUCUUAGAAGGCGAUGAGCUUUGUACAGAUUUUCCUGAUUGCUACUGGCAUCAGUGAGGUGUUGAGUUCCGGCCUCUUAUGAAGUCCACUUUCGUCUUUCGGUCAGUGUUUUUCUAUCGGGAUGGUUUUUCCUUUCUUGGGUUUGGUGUACUUUCAGUCAAAACUCUUAUUCAGCGAAUUGAAAUUCUAGACUGAGAUUGCCUUACAAAUCUUUUUAAGUCUAUUCUAGGACGUUGCUGAUGUAGGUCUUUGUUUACUUAUAGUGUCCAUUUAAACGUCUCAGUAGCACUUUUUCUUUCGUCACUUCAUAAAAAUCUAGGUAGUUAACGUAAGGUAGAAUGGAGAGCAGUCAAGCUUUUCAUGGAAAGCUUGAUAUAUAAAUCAUAACAAGGGUUUAUGUCUGUUUGAAUUUUUCCUUUUUUCUAAUUCAUUUGUGAACCUUAAAUAUGUCCAUUAAAAUCAACUCAUUCAUGGUUGCCAUUCAUUUUGAUUUGAUUAGUGUUUUGUAUGUAUUUUUUUUAGUCAAAAGGGCGAUUUAAUCCAAAAAUGUACGACUAGACACUUAAAAUUUUUAAAAUUGGGCAAUGUUAUAUGUCAAGAUGUGAUUGGUUACUUUUCCUCAACCAAUGGGAAAAGGCCAGAUACCAAUUCCCUAUAGUAACAAGAAUUUGACCCUGUUUGAAAACAAAGCUGAGUUACUUUUCACAAGAAAAAUAUCCAUAGCAGUGAAUUUUAUCAGUUUGUGUAGAAUGGCUACGAUAUAUGAAUUACAGUUGAGAUUACAUCUUUUCGUUACGAUAGUGAAAAAGCUCAUAAUUUUAGCAGGUAGUUUAGCACAAUAGAGUCUUUAACCUGUUAUUUAAACAGCUUUCAAAGAAUUUGAGUUUCAGUGCAGAUGUUUAUGCCACUAAAGCAUAAAAUAUUUAUUUUUUUGUUCAGAUAAAGAAAGAGCAAACUUUUAAAUAGUGACCAGUAUAUAUAACAAUGAUAUUUUAAGAUGGGAACUUUUAAUCUCCUUUAAAGUCAUGGUCUUUCUUUGAAGGUAAAUCACAUAAGAACAAAUUUUUGUUCCCCAGAGUGUCACAUUUUAAUCAGGUACAGGCAUUUUAACAAAACGGGUGCAUAAACAUACAAUUAUUCAACCAGUAAAAAUAAGCUGUUUUUAUAUUCAUGUUGAAAAUGCCAGGUAUUGAGUUAGUGGAAUAAUGCAAAUUUAGUUCUCCUGUUUUAAAUUUAAGAGAGAAAAGAGGUCCCUGUGAAACACCCUGUCAUCAACACUUUUUUAUUGUAAAAUUUAUUGAAAAGAAGAGGUCCUAAUAUAAGGGGCUGCAUGCAAAGAACGUCUUAUCCGAUAGUCUGAGGCUAGUAGAUUUUAGGAUUGGGCUAUUGGAUUCUGUUCUUAACUUGCUAGAUGGGCCAGUAAAGUUUUUUGGGGGAAAUUCUAAUUACAGAAGAACUAAGAACAAUUCUGCUCAUCAAAAUUGGGGCAGGGCUUGUGCAUACUAGCUAGAGCUUGCCUAUAUGGCAAGCUGUAAAACUGACUCUCUUUGCACCCUGAGGGGUGCCUGGAACAAAGCUCCUAAUAAAAGUUUUCAUACAUUGUCCUGUAACAAAAGGGUGUAUUAAUUUUAUCAUUGCACCCAAAGUUACAUGGGGCCUGAACAGUGUACCCAUUGUAGCUGCUAAAGUGUCCACAACAAUCUUUUUGGAUUGGCAAAUGUAAUGAUAAAGUGGUGUUUUCUGUGGCUCUUGCUUAGCUCUUUGUUUGGCUGAAGAAGAAAAGGCUGAAGAGAAAACAGAAACAGAACCACCAAAAGUAGAUGAAGAUGUUGGAAAAAGCAGAGAUGCUUCAAAGACAGAUGAUGAAGCUGUUGAAAGAGAGGAAGAAGCAAUUAAACUUGAUGGCCUUAAUGUAGCACAGAUGAAGGAACUUAGAGAAAAAGCUGAAAAGUUUGCCUUCCAGGCUGAAGUUAGUCGUAUGAUGAAGCUUAUUAUCAACUCUCUGUACAGAAACAAAGAGGUUAGUACUGUUGAGAUUAUAUAACUGCAUUAGAUUUCUUUCGUACAAGAUGUUUUGUUUUACUGCUGUCACCAUUACUGUUUUUAAACGUGUGUGAAUGAUACCUACAUGUAAGGUAAUAAACAGAAUGUUGUUGGUUAAAAAUAGAAUAAAAAAAUCUUACAAGUGCUAUCAACUAAGGUGAUAAGGUGAUUGAAUAAGUACCGAGAUAUUCAUAAGCUGAAGUUUCAGGUGAUUAACUCUGGUGAAAGGCUAGCACUCAAAACAUCACCUGUUGCAGUACAGCUGUACCUUAAUUGCCGUGAUCGACCAGUUGUUAAUACUAAGUCAGUAUAAUCUACCCAACUCCUUAGAGAUUCUUAUAGUUAAUAUCAUACAUGUAUGCAUAAUAACUCUAUACAAAUAGAGUUAUGUACAUGUUACUGUUGUCUAACCAAUUGUUUAAUUUACAGAUUUUCUUGAGGGAGCUUAUUUCCAACUCAUCUGAUGCCUUGGAUAAGAUAAGGUUUAUGAGUCUUACAGACAAGUCAGCCCUUGCUGCUACAGAUGAGUUGUCCAUCAAGAUCAAGGCUGAUAAAGAGAACAAUAUUCUUCAUGUAACUGACACUGGUAUCGGCAUGACAAAGGACGACCUCAUCAAAAACUUGGGCACCAUUGCUAAGUCAGGCACUAGUGAAUUUUUUCAGAAAAUGACGGUAAGAACAGUUGUUGAAUAACUUAAAAGUCCUAUGAAUUGAUUCUAUAAUAACUAAUUGUGCUUGAAAAUUACCCAGAGUGAACCUGAAAGAAAUCUCCCAUGUGGUAAAAAUCUUGCUGUCUUAAGGUGGCAGUGACCCAUUUCAGGUACAGUAUCCUGUUGUUAACUGCUAAAAAAGGUUUUUUUUUUAGGAGGCCCAGUCAUCAGACCAAGCAAGUGAUCUGAUUGGUCAGUUUGGUGUAGGUUUCUACUCAUCAUUCCUUGUCGCUGACCGUGUAAUUGUGACAUCAAAGCAUAAUGAUGACAAACAGUACAUCUGGGAAUCUGAUGCUGUGUCGUUCAGUAUCACAGAGGACCCAAGAGGUGACACACUGAAAAGAGGAACAACAGUCAGGUAAAACAACAGCAAUUACCAGCUAAGAUUUUGCCAUCUCGUGAUUUAACACUGCGUAACGUAACAUUGCGAUGGAGAAAUGUAUCAUAAACAGACCCCAAGCAUCGAUCCAGCACCAACUAUUUAAUAAACUUGAAACUCUCGCAAAAACUGAAAUACAACAGGCAAAAAAUUAAACUAUUACCAAAACAUCUAAGGCAAUUUAAAUGGUCUUAACUUGAGCACCUGGGGUGUGAAUAUCUAAGAAUCUAAACAACAAAUGUACUUACCGUAUUUAUUGGAAUAAACGCCACCCUUGAUUAAACGCCGCAGAUGGAAGCAAAAUUACUAAUAAUGACGCUCUUGAAUAAACGCUGCACCUAAUCAGAAGAAUGCAGCGUUUACUGGAGGAUAAUAAGAAAAACCUUGGUACAACUUGGUAAUUUACACCAUCCAGACAUUUACGAUUUUACCUCAGCAAAACAUGAGAGACAUUGAAACCUUUAAAUUACAUAAUAUUUAGAUUUAAAAAAAGUGAUUUCGUAAUAAAUGCCCCCCUCGAAUAAACGCUGCUGCGUUUAAUUGAAUAAAUACGGUAACUGUAACAAAUCUGCUCCUCGCAGUCAAAUAUAAUAUAAUCAAGUUUUAUAUUAUUGGUAAAUACGAAAGUAAACAAGAUGGCAUACCUCUUGUCCCGCUCUAUAAACUCUAGCAUUAACGAUCCUUCGAUGACUUAACUGUUGCUUGCAACUAACACGUCCCUCAUGUUCUGAAUGAAAGAUAACACUGAUGACUUACACUUAUGGUGGACAACUUUUUUUGCAAAAUUCCUCCCUCGACCAAACAGUGUCAUUAAUAAUGUUGUGUUGACCAAACAUUUCUAAUUUUGGCAUAAUGGAAGGCAGCUAUAGUUUUAAGCCAGAUUUAUUGGUGAAAAUACCCUAGAAUAUUACAUUACUGAUAAUUAUUAAACUGUUGUCUUUGUAGUGUUCACCUGAAGGAGGAAGCCCGUGACUUCCUAGAACCACACACAAUCAAAGAUCUUGUCAAGAAGUACAGUCAGUUUAUUAACUUCAACAUUUACCUGUGGACAAGCAAGACAGAAGAAGUGGAGGAACCAAUAGAAGAGGAGGCUGCUGAAGACAAGAAGACUGAAGGAGCUGAUGAAGAUAAGAAAGAAGAGGAGAAGGAAGAAGAGAAGAAGGAUGAGGACAAAGAAAAAGAAGACAAAGAUGAUGAAGCAGAAGUGGAGGAAGAAUCUGAAGAGAAAGAGAAGAAACCCAAGACUAAAAAGGUAACAUUAACCCUCCUUCAUUCACAGCUUUGUUGUUGUUGUUGUUUUUACUAUUCUUUAAGGUGGCUGAACACAGUUUGGUAGGUUGUGAGUCAUAACUAUUCAUUGGGGUGUUAUUUAAGACUCGUUGCAGGUUUUAAGCUGAAAUUUGGUACAGACAAAAUAUAUUAAGAAGACAUUUUUAUUAGGCUAAACGUAAGAUUUUGAUCAAUGCCAUGGCAUCAUGGAUGGUUUAAAACAGGUCUAAAAUUAUUAAUUCAGGAGGUUUAUGCAAAAUCUAGGGAUCAAUAUUUUAAUAAAACUUUUACAAGUGUACAGGUAGCUAUUGUAUUCGGACCCUAAAAAGCGUGUAGUGGGGUCACUUGAUAUGACAAAUGUGACAAAAACAGAAUAAAUUUCUACAGACAACUUCUGAGCAUUUUCCUCACCUUUUCAUUACAUUUUUUCUUGAAAAUCCCUUGAGCUGCAUAUCUUAUCAUGAUAAAGAUGUUAACAGUGGAGGUAUAAAGCAUUUCUAGGGGUGAAAACUUCAAAAGUGUUAUUAUUCUGUUAGAUCACAUCAGUCUUUUGCACACACAGAAUUAAUUGCAUCAGUGAAAUUUCUUAGUGCCUACAACUCUAUGUCAGAGAAACUGUGUUCAGCCAGCUUAACUCAAGAAGCCAAUGUUUGGUCUCAGCUAUGUUACUCUUCAUUGAAGGGGUUCAUGUGAAAAGGUGAUCCCAAGGAGAAUCUUGCAGUUCAUCAGAAAUUACUGGGGGCACUUUGCCAAGCAUUUUUUCAGUUGAUUAAAGAAACAUUUGUACUCUUUUGACUGCUUACUCUAGGUGGAGAAGACAGUCUGGGAUUGGGAGCUUGUUAAUACCAACAAACCUAUCUGGACCAGAAAACCCAAAGAUGUGAAAGAUGAGGAAUACAAUGAAUUCUACAAAUCCUUUACCAAGGUAAAAUUCUUUCUUUCGUGUAAACUUUGAAGUUGCUGGUCAGAUGACCCAUAAUAUUAAAAAAAAAAAGUCACACAAACUUAUGACCCUCAAUCUGAGUAAGGUGUGGGGCUGACUCUCCCAAUUCAUGGGUUUUUUUUACUGAUGUUUUGUUAUUGUUUGAAGAUCUCCAGAGGUUUCUCAGGAAAAUCAAUAGUUGUUCUGUUGUUUGUUUAUCAUUUUCUUGUUUUUACAUGUAGUAUCAAUUAUAUGAAGGCACAUGUUGGCAAUAUCUUAGAAAUAAUAUUACUUUUGAUUGUUAGGCUAUUGUUUUUAGAUGCCCUUUUUUAUAUCUAAUCUUAUUUAUGGGUUAUUUUUUUCUUGAAUAUGAUCAUGAACAGUCGUUUAACUUUGAUACUAAGAAAGAUAAAGAAAAAUCUGUAAGUUGAAGGGAGUUUUUUUGUAAGUACAAUGGUGUCAUUUUCAUUUGUUUUGAUCGUCAGUUUAUAUUAAACAGACAUAAAAAAAAGGGGGGAAAACAUUUUGUAUCCUGAGACUCCUUGUUUUCUUUAUUUAUUUUGCUUCCUCGGAAUUGUUUAUUAUUGGUCCUGAUGAAAAUUGUAGUUUUCCUGCUUUUUUUGAUUGUGUCAAUAAAAUAGCAUUUAAUAAUUUGUACUGUUUUUUGUUGUUGUUAUAAUUAUUAUCAGAGGCAAGCAUGUAAAACUUCAAGUGGUUACGCUGUAGUUCUUGCUUACAAAUUCAUCCCUUGUCUGCUACUACAGACACUUAAGUUUACAUGAGCUAUGUAAAGGUUUGUCAGAGUUCCUUAAAAUGAGGUUUAUUUAUUGUUUUCAUUGGUUUAGGAGAGUGACGAUCCUUUGGCCAAGACUCAUUUUGUUGCUGAAGGUGAAGUGACAUUCCGUUCUAUUCUGUAUGUGCCAAAGACAGCUCCUCACAACCUCUUCUCUGAGUACGGGAAGAAAAUGGACCAGAUCAAGCUGUAUGUACGUCGCGUCUUCAUCACUGACAACUUUGAAGACAUGAUGCCUAAGUACCUGUCAUUCAUCCGUGGUGUUGUUGACUCUGAUGACCUGCCUCUGAAUGUAAGUCGUGAAACCCUCCAGCAGCACAAGCUCUUGAAGGUCAUCAGGAAAAAGCUUGUCCGCAAGGCUUUGGACAUGAUCAAAAAGAUCCCCAAGGAUGAGUACAUCGAUAAAUUCUGGAAGGAAUUCAGCACAAGGUAUUCCCAGAACAUGAGAAGUUAUUAUGUUUCCUCCCCCUUCCUCCUUCAUUUGUUAACAAUUAAAUGAGGUUGAGUGACACAUCUGCAUCAUUUACAUUGUAUGGUUACUUGUUCAUGUUGUGUGCUCUUUCAGGUCAAAUGCUUGUCUUGUGGCUCGUCGGAAACCGACCCUACAAAGUCUUUUUUUUUAAAGCUCACUUUUGUAAUUUAUCUGGUUAUUUUAUUUAGUAUUAAGCUUGGUGUUAUGGAAGACCACUCAAACAGAACCAGAUUGGCAAAACUCCUGCGAUUCUUCUCUUCAAACUCUGAGAAAGAAUUGACAAGCUUGACUGAGUAUGUUGAGAGAAUGAAAGAGAAGCAAGAUGCUAUUUACUUUAUGGCAGGAACAAGCCGCAAAGAGGUGAGUAUUGUUAGAUAAGGUGGGGCAAAACUGAGAGCUGCUGUUCUUAUUUCCCACUUUGUAAAAGUCAGUGAUAAAAUAAUUCUAAUCUUUUUUCUUGUAGGUUGAGAGCUCUCCAUUUGUGGAAAAACUUCUAAAGAAGGGUUAUGAGGUGCUGUACCUUAUAGAGCCAGUAGAUGAGUACUGCAUUCAAAGUUUGCCAGAAUUUGAAGGAAAGAAAUUCCAGAAUGUUGCCAAAGAAGGACUGAAGUUUGGAGAAGACUCUGAAAAAAAGAAAAAGAAACAAGAGGAGCUCGAGAGUACAUAUGAGCCUCUACUUAAAUGGCUGAAGGAUGAUGCCCUCAAGGAUCUGAUUGAGAAAGCAGCUGUCUCUGAGCGUUUGCAUGAUUCACCUUGCGCGCUUGUAGCAAGCUCCUAUGGUUGGUCUGGUAACAUGGAAAGAAUCAUGAGAUCACAAGCCUAUGCCAAGAGAGAUGACCCUAGCAAUGAGUAAGAUAACAUUGUUCUAUCCGAGCAUUCCAUAGUAACUGAAUAAGUACACUGUAUUGGUUGGAAAGUGAUAAUACCACCUUCAAUUUUGUUGUUUUCAGUAAAACCCCUCCCAAACCUUGGCAGUUCUAGUUUAUGUUGAAAAAUUCCUUUACACCUGUAUACUGUUCUUAGGCUUCUUUCCUGGAUCUUUUGAUGGUUUUUGGUUUAAUGCUAGGAACAUGUUUUUAAAGGCUGAAUGCAUGCUUUAUUCUUCUUCUCCUCAAAAUGUUAUCGUUGCAUUUGUUUGCAAAUGUGUGAAGUUAGAUUUGAAGCUACUACCCUUUCCCAUGGCUAAGAAACCAUCUUGGCUCAUGUUAGUUUUAAGGUAGCAAAAUGAAACUGGUGGCAGGCAGCAUCCAUGAGAAACAACUUGCAUUAGUUGAGUUUGUUUACUUGCUGCUGCCCACAGUGUUAUAUUUUUAUUUUUCCUCUAUACUGGUAUAUUGUGAAUUACUAUUGUACCCCAACGCUCCCCUACAGCAACCCCUUCCCAGUGCAUUUAAUGAGCUACACUUGAGAGCUAAGCCCGGUUGCAAAGUUCACUUUAUUCCAGACCAAAAGGUUUAAUAAUUCUAGGAAGCUGGAGUGUGCCUUGUCGUAAAAUUCACACUAAACUUUAGUUCUUUUAAUCAGCCACCAUAUACCAAGCACGCAAGUUGUUCUAGGUUUUACAUGACAAACAAAUUUGUUUAUUUUUGUAGGUACUAUGCUAACCAGAAAAAGACAUUAGAGGUCAACCCCAGACAUCCAUUGGUCAAAGAACUUCUGAAGCGAGUGGAAACUGAUAAAGAAGACAAGACAGCUAAGGAUCUUGCUCGCGUCUUGUUUGAAACUGCCACUCUCAGAUCAGGCUUUAUGAUCAAGGUAAGAAAAAGACUGAAUAUUUAGCAUUAUUAUUGGAUGAGCGAGAGUACAAUAUGAAGAAUAAGGCAGAUUGAGGAGGGUUUUAUCCACUCUGCCGUGGGAGAUAACGCCCUCUGAGAUCUGCCCCAUAGACCCUUUCACGGAUUUUUCAACAUUGACAUUGCUAGAAAAAGUGCCUUAAAAUUAGGCAACUCACCAAGUUUAAAGUUAAGACAUUAAAAGUCACUGCAGAUAUUAUUGCUCCAAAAGUGGAAAAAAUGUACAGAAGUUUAUGUGGUGGAAGGGGGGGGCACAAACUUAUCCCAGGGUUUGAGCCAGGCCGCGCCAUUGCGCCAAUCCCGCAGUGCAAUUGGAAUUGUCCCUUUAAAAAACGGCCUAGGGGACAAUUUGUCCCCUUCAAAAUUUAGGGAAAAAACUCGAAAGGAAACACACACGAAGAGAUUUAUUUCGGUAGAGAAGUUGCAAGCUGAAACAGAACGUGGAAAGUAUAUUUUAUCGCACCUUUAAAGUUCAUUCCAAAGUUACGUUUCAGUCACGCUCUACUGCUAUUUUUGUCGGAAAUCUAAGACAGGGCUUCUGAUUUUUCGCGCGGUCGCGGAGCCGCGAAAUUCGGUAGAAAUCUUAUCAAAUACAUGUCUGUACAACAUAUUUGAAACUUAAUUCAGCUAUAGGGGCUAUUUACUUGCCGUAAACUUGCAAAUUUGUCUUGGAACUUCGUUACUGAAACGUGCAAACAGAUUAUGUUGCGAAAAACUGGGUACUAGCCAUCAUGUUAAAGGCUUUGCCAUUGGUUCAUUUCUGGAGCGUACUGUUGUUGAAAGAGCAAAUGAUGACCUCUGUUAGAAAAACGUUAAAAAGGCUGGUCUGAUCAGCGCAAAACCGAUCAAUUUCUAGCGAAAUUUGCCUUGAAAAUAACCACAAAAUCGGCCGUUUUUUACCGAUUGCUUUUCGGUGAAGUUUGCCCCGAAAACUCCCGCGAAAUCGGCCGAUUUUUCCGCGAAUUUGUCCCUAAAAAUCCCGCGAAAUUUGACUUUUUCGUCCGAGACCUAUCAGAAGCCCUGCUAAGAAGGAAGGGUGUACAAAUUUCUGUCCCCCUAAAAAUGAAAAUGUCCCCCAAAAUUUUAGCCAAGGGGACAAAUUGUCCCCCAGUGAUCAAAUCCUAGCUCAAACCCUGUUACCCCCUCCCCCUACCAUACAAAAGAGCUAUAUCUUCAUUAGUUUUCAACAAAUCACAUUCAAACUCUGCAUCUUUGCAAAUUUUAAGGGGUUCUUUUGCUACAGAAGGGUCUAUUCCUCAUAGCUUACAAAGGCUGAAUCCAAAAUUGGCCACCUCUUCCCUGGGGGAUUCUCGGUUUGGCAUCUCUUUCUUUCGAUAUUCUUUUAAUUGACAUCAUUGGUGAUGGAGAAUUAACUGGGGAAUUCAGGCCAAUCGGAAACUGAAACAUUUUGGAUGAAUAAUAAUUUUUCCAGUCAAAUCUUUACAUGCAAAGUAGCAGAAUGUUAUUGUUUGUUGGGAUUUCAGGUGAAAGCUUCUCAAUGUAAGGAAAAUUCCUUUCCAAAGCACUUCUUUAUAUUCAAUCAGGGAAUUGCUUUGAAGGGUUACACUAGCUUUUAAAGAGGUUCCGAGUGUAAAAGAUUUUCACAUUAACAAGGGUAGUAGUUCAAUUAUAAGAUUUCAAAAAUCAAUUUCCUUUUGCUGGUGUUGCUGUUAACAGGACUCUCAAGAUUUUGCUGGUCGCAUUGAACGCAUGCUGCGUCUAAGCAUGGGAGUGGACUUGGAAGCUACCGUGGAACCCGAGGAGGAAGAACCUGAGGAGAAAGAGGAAGAAGAGAAAGAAGGAGAAGAGGUAGAGGCAGAGGGAGACAAGGAUGAAGAGAAAACGGAAGAGUCUGCGUCCACAGAUGAAGCUGCUGCAGAAGCAACAGGAUCUGAAGAGGAAACCAAGACUGAGGAGAAAGAAGAUGAAGUGGAGGUAAAG